AUGGUUUUUCUACUAGUACUUUUAAGCCUCACAAAAUGGUUAUGCUACCAUAUUGUUAAAUCAUGUUAUCAAACUUCAAACAAAAUUAGAACUUAUGGUUUCAAUUUCUUUGAUCUUUCAUCUAAACCACUUCACCAACCUUCAACUUUUCCUACUAUCAUGAAUUGUGAUUUAAACGAUAGAAAAUCACAAACCCUUGUUUGUGACAUUCAUAGUGUCCUAUUAAGGAACCAUUCUUUCUUUCCUUAUUUCAUGUUAGUUGCCUUUGAAGGUGGUAGCAUUCUAAGAGCUUUUCUAUUACUAUGUUCAUGUCCAUUAUUAUGGUUUUUAAGCUAUGAACGUAAGCUUAGAGUCAUGAUCUUCAUCACUUUUUGUGGACUUAAAGUAAAGGACAUGGAAAUGGUUGCUAGGGGGGUUUUACCAAAGUUUUACAUGGAGAAUCUUGAUCUUAAGGCUUAUGAGAUUUUGGUUUCGGUAGGCUGUAGGGUUUUCUUCACUUGUGUGCCUAGAGUUAUGGUGGAAGGGUUUGUGAAAGAAUAUUUGAAUGGUGAUGAUGUUGUUGCGACAGAGUUGGAUAGUUUAGGAUGUUAUUUUACUGGUUUGGUUUGUAAGGGUGGUUUGGUUGUUAAGGAGUGGGCUGUCAUAGAUUAUUUUGGAGAUAGGAAACCGGAUUUAGGGAUUGGAAGUUCAUGUGUCAAUGAUCAUCGUUUUAUCUCUUGUUGCAAGGAAGCUUACGUGGUGAGCAAUGAAAUAUGUCCAAACUCAAUCAUGCCAAGAGAGAAGUAUCCAAAACCCUUAAUAUUCCAUGAUGGAAGACUAGCAUUUUUCCCUACACCUUCAUCAACUCUCUACAUGUUCAUGUGGCUCCCAUUUGGAAUUCUGUUAUCAAUAUUUAGAUUACUUCUUGGUGCAAUUGUUUACUCCAAAUAUGGACUUGCAUUGGUUUCAUUUAGUGGCAUUUUAAUAAAUCUCAAAGGCUAUAAUAAUAUUAGUAACACUACAAAAAGUGUUACUAAUAAAGGUGUUCUUUAUGUUUGCAACCAUAGGACAUUGUUAGAUCCUGUUUUUCUUAGCAUGAGUUUGAGAAAGCCUUUGACAACAGUAACUUAUAGCUUAAGCAAAGUCUCAGAGAUUAUGUCUCCUAUUAAGACAAUGAGUUUGACAAGGGAUAGAGAAAAAGAUAGAGAAACAAUGCAAAGGUUACUUAGUGAAGGUGAUUUGGUUGUGUGUCCUGAAGGAACAACUUGUAGGGAGCCUUAUUUGUUAAGGUUUAGUUCACUUUUUGCUGAACUUGCUGAUGAGAUUGUUCCUGUGGCUAUGAAUGCUAAUGUGAGUUUGUUUUAUGGUACUACAGCUAGUGGAUUCAAGUGUUUGGACUCUUUUCUAUUUUUGAUGAAUCCAUGGCCUUGUUAUAAUAUUGAAGUGCUUGAAAAGGUUCCAAAAGAAUUUACUUGUGCUGGCGGAAAGUCUCCUUAUGAGGUGGCUAAUCAUAUACAGAGAGAGUUGGGUGAGAGUUUGGGAUUUGAGUGUACUAAUAUUACAAGGAGGGAUAAGUAUAUGAUGUUGGCUGGGAAUGAAGGUGUUGUUAAAGAAAAAAAGUGA